AUGAAUGAAUUGUGUGUAUUUGGUGUAGAUGAGGCAAGUUUAAAUAUGAUAUUGUAUGAAUAUUUGUGGCGUAUCCAAAAGGAGUGUUUGAUUAUUGAUGAAUAUUUAAAAGAAUAUGUUACAUGUAGAAAGGUACUUGAUGAUGCUGCUAAAGCAGAAAAGGAUAAAUACAAAGAAAUUGUUGAUUCUGUUUGUGAUAUGGGUCAGGAUCGUGAUAUUAUAUGUCAAACUAUUGUCGAUCAUUUAAAUAAGGGUCAAAGUUCUGAAAUAAUCCUUGGAUAUUUGAAAACUUUGGAAAGUGAAAUGAAAAAAGAAUAUAAUAGAGUUCUACAAUUCAAUCAGGAGCGUGAACGAAUCGUUGCAAGUAUCUGUCAAUAUACAAAUGAUUUGUCUGAACCUAUGACCUCUGAAACAUGUGCCGAGUUGGUUCAAAAACUGCGUAAUGAGAGAAAUGAUGAAGAUAGUAUUAAUAAAUAUUUGAAUACCAUGCAAACAAAACUGAAGCUGGAGCGUGAAAAAAGGGAUCGUAUUAAGUUUGAAAAUGAGUUUUAUGGUAAGUUUCUAAAAUCUAUAGCUGAAGAUCAAGGUUUAGAUUAUCAAAUAUGGGAUUUCAUUCAUGGGUUCAUGGAUUGUGGAUGGAAUGAUGAUUAA